UCCGACUUUCUCCUUGUUCGGUCGUCCCGAAUCAAAACAGUGAUGCGCCUCCUGAGCGGUUCAGGCUUUGACCUCUACACCGAGGAUACCGAGAACCUCACCAAUGGCAUGAGCCCUAUCGUCAGCCCCACGGGCCGCGAUGACGACGGGGAUGAAGCCGACGACUUCAACGAGGAUCGACCAAUGGAGCCGACUUCCGUACCCUCUCGACCCCCUCCCGCCAGCCGCACAUCAUCGCACUCCCCUGCAGCGACCGACGUGCAGAUCCUGGACCCAGACUUAACAUGUGUCGGCUUAGCUGACGAUGCUGCAGAGACGUGGACGCUCAAGAUAGUGAAGCUCGUCGCGUACCCGGAUCUGAUACCCGGCGUCGUCGCUCGGAAGUCUGACGACGAGCCUUAUUUCGGGACCAGGAAUAGGAACCACUCUGUAUCUGAGUCGUCGUCGUCUAAAUCUCCCUUUGACAGUACAGCUCCGAUUCCAUUCUUCUCGUUCACUCGGACGCAGGAGUCGUCGUCUCUCACGACAGACGUUAGCGUCCUUGCGCAGCUGUUCCCAGCUCCUGAACGGCACAUGGUCAUCUGCAGCGGAGAGCUGGACGUAGCCGAUCAUCCUGUUCCCCCGUCGUUUGAGGAUGCAGAGGACGAGGACGAGCAGGCAUCGCCGGAGGCGUCGUCUCUCAUGAAAUGCCUCCAGAUCGACUUGAGGAAAUACGGGCUCGACAAGCAUGGCCUGGUGAACCGAUUCUCAAGGGUGUUGGAUGAGAAUGGCGUGAACCACAUGUAUAGCAGUACUUUCAUGAGUGCUAAUUUGCUGGUGCGUGUUGUCCGGCGACCAUUCGAACGUGACUGUAGUCUAACGUUCUCAACCCGCCUUUCCUAG